AUGUUUAACUUUCCUUUCUUCUUUCCUUACCAUAUUCUGGCUUUUUACUUGUCAUUUCUUCUUCGUUAUUUUCACUCUUUAUUCCAUCUUUCUUUCCUUUAUUUAUUCUUCUUUAACUUCCUUCCAUUCUUUUUCCACAUCUUCUACUUUCUUUACUCCUUUUCUUCGUUCAUUCAUAUGUGCUUGCUUCAUUACUCAUCAUUUAUACUCUAUUCCUGUCGCCUUACCUGCCUUCCUUACUUCUUUCCUAUUUCCGCCAUUGUUCCCUCCAUCCUCCCACUUUCCUUCCUUCUUUCUGUCCUUCCUUCCUUCUUUUUCCGCCAUUGCUCCCUCAAUCCUCUCACUUUCCUUCCUUCCUUCCUUUUCCGCCAUUGUUACGUCAAUCCUCCCACUUUCCUUCCUUCUUUCUGUCCUUCCUUUUCCGCCAUUGCUUCCUCAAUCCUCUCACUUUCCUUCCAUCCUUUCUUUUCCGCCAUUGUUACGUCAAUCCUCUCACUUUCCUUCCUUCCUUUCUUUUCCGCCAUUGUUCCCUCCAUCCUCCCACUUUCCUUCCUUCUUUCUGUCCUUCCUUCCUUCCUUUUCCCGCCAUUGCUCCCUCAAUCCUCACUUUCCUUCCUUCCUUCCUUUUCCGCCAUUGUUACGUCAAUCCUCCCACUUUCCUUCCUUCCUUCCUUCCUUCCUUCCUUCCUUCCUUCCUUUUUCCACUUUUCCCUCCAUAAUCCCACUUUCCUUCCUUCCUUCCGACCAAAAGUUCUACUUUCUUUACUCCUUUUCUUCGUUCAUUCAUUCGCUUUACCUGCCUUCCUUACUUCUUUCCUAUUUCCGCCAUUGUUCCCUCCAUCAUCCCACUUUCCUUCCUUCUUUCUGUCCUUCCUUCCUUCCUUUUCCGCCAUUGCUCCCUCAAUCCUCUCACUUUCCUUCCUUCCUUCCUUUUCCGCCAUUGUUACGUCAAUCCUCCCACUUUCCUUCCUUCUUUCUGUCCUUCCUUCCUUCCCUUUCCGCCAUUGCUCCCUCAAUCCUCUCACUUUCCUUCCUUCCUUCCUUUUCCGCCAUUGUUACGUCAAUCCUCCCACUUUCCUUCCUUCCUUCCUUCCUUCCUUCCUUUUCCGCCAUUGUUCCGUCAAUCCUCCCACUUUCCUUCCUUCCUUCCUUCCUUCCUUCCUUCCUUCCUUCCUUCCUUCCUUCCUUUUUCCACUUUCCCCUCCAUAA